AUGCGCUGGCGCCUCCUCGCCGGCCUUCCGCGUAUCACUCCGCUGCCGCGGCGGCUCCUCUCCCCUCCUCUGCCCUCGGCUGCCGCCUUGACGUACGAUUUGACGGGCACGGAGGCGGCCCGCCGCCGCGGGAGCCUAGGCCGUGCCGGGCGCGGAGUGGGAGGGCCGGGCGAGAGAGAGGAGGAGCGGGACUCGGCGGGAACUAUUUGUGCUGCGGCCGCCGUGCAGAACUCUCCAGAAGGGGGAGGGGGAGCCCGCGGAAGGAUACGGCGGCGUAAGGCGUGGGCGGUGGGAGGCCGGCGUGACGCAGCCUCUCGCGAGAGCGGCACGCGGGAAGAAGUCCCGGCCGCGCCGCCGCCAUGGGGUCCGAGGCCUCGCAGGGCCUUGGGGAGGCCUCGGCUGCCCCCCGCCGCGCCCCGGCCCGCAGCGGCUCCCGCCGGGAUCCGUCCGCGAAGGGCCCGAGGCCCGUUCCUAGCGGAGAGCCGAGGCCUGCGCGGGCGGGCGGGCCCUGCACCCUCCCGGCAGGGGUUAGGCGGCGCCGAGCGCCGUGCUGGUGUCCCUGUGCCGGCCGCCGGUGGCCUCUGCCCCUGCAGCCCUCCCCGCCGCAGCGGCGUGGCGCUGGCCCGCGGGGCUUCGUUUUUCGUUUCCCUCGCCGCUGGCAGCCGGGCAGCUCCCACCCUGCUACCGGCAGCCUGCAAGGCGCCCACCGUGCCAACAGGAGCCUCCAGGGUGCCGAGGCUCCGGAUGUCCCGGGCACAGCUGAGCCACCCCAGCGCCACGCUGAUCCCCGAGGCCCGGGGCCGCCGGGCGCAGGUCGCCCUGGCCCUGCUCCUGGCGCUCUGUGGCGCCGCCCUCUGGCUGGCCGGGCAGCCCCUGGUGCCCACCGCCCGCAGCCUCACCCUGCACGUCGCGGCCCUGCAGAUCGGGGCGCUGCUGAGGGGCCUCUGCUGCCUGGCUGAGGAGGUCUUCCACCUGCACUCCAGGCACCAGGGCAGCUUCUGGAGGGCGCUGGGCGCCUGCUUCCCGUGGCGCUGGCAUGGGCCCACGCUGCUCAUCUGUGCCAUGGCCUAUGUGGCUCUUCUGGAUGGAGAGAAGCAGCUCCUGAGCCUGCACCUCGGCCUGGCCAGCCUGUGCCAGCUCCUCAGCCUUGCCCUGGGGCUCCACAAGCCCUCAGCAGUGGAGAUGUCAGAGCUGGCUGAGAGGUCCAAGCAGAACGUUGCCCAUGGCCUUGCCUGGUCGUACUACGUGGGGUACCUCAAAAUAGUCCUGCCACGGAUGAAAGAGACCAUGGAGGAGUUCAGCAGAGCCAACCCCACCCUGCUGCUACGUAGAGGGACCUGGAAGCUCCACAUCCUGGUGCCUCUGAGCUGUGAUAUCAUUGAUGACCUGGAGAAGGCUGACAGCAACAUCCAGUACCUGACAGACCUGAGUGAGACCAUCCUGACCAAAGCUGGCAUCAAGAACAGGGUCUACAAACACAGCCUCUAUGCCAUCAAGGAUGAGGACAACAAGCCCUGGCACUGUGUGGUGGAGUUUGCUGCCCCCCUGCAGUCUCUCUACGCCAUGUCCCAGGACGACUGCGCCGCCUUCGGCCGGGAGGAGCGGCUGGAGCAGGCCAAGCUCUUCUACAGGACCUUGGAGGAGAUCUUGAGGGGCUCCAAGGAGUGCAGGGGCACCUACAGGCUGAUUGCCUACCAGGAGUCGGGAGAGGCAGAGCCUCACUUGCUGUCCAGGGAGCUGCUCUGGCACCUGCGGCAGCAGUGUCAGGAGGAGUACAGCCUCUGGGAGAGCACAGGGGCUGGCCCGGCCCCCGGCCCGGCCCCCGGCCCGGCCCCCAGCCCUGCCCCCAGCCUGGCCAGCACGGAGCUCAACCUGCAGAUCAGCCGGGAGGACCUGCCGCUGCCCCUGCGCAGUGACUGCUUCUGA